AGGCCCUGCUCCUUUGUUAUGGAGAUUUUCAGAUUUUUUUUAGAUGGGCUGAUAGUCGGAUACACUCAUACACACAUCUGAUACACUCACACACAAUAGACAUUCAUUAAUUCAACGAAAUUAACUGAACAGGGAGAGGGAUGCAACAGCAUCGAUCAGACUCAGAAGUCAGAAGUUGAAAAUCAAUAAGUAAUAAGUACAAACAACAAACCUGGAUCGACAAAUGUCGUCGAUUGAGCGUCGAUGUCGUCGAUUGACCCGUCAUCCGUCGUCUGAUCACUGAUGGUUAUGUUGGUGUCGUCAAUCGUGGUACGAAAUCGAUGGAGAAUUGAGAUGCUUUCCGGUUGGAAGUCGAAACGCAAAUGAACGAGGCAGGAAGGAGGCGGAUAGUGGGAACGAAGCAGACGACUCGUAUUGACGAGUUGGUUUAUUGAGAAGGCAUCAUUUUCAGCGUAGAGUACCCCAUCACCCAAACACACACAAACGAUAAUGGCGGUGUCGGCAUUGAUGGUAGUCGCAAUGAAGACGCUGUUUAGCAUAUUGGCUUGUCUGAUGUUUGCUACGCUUCUAUGGGCAACCGCCAUGGAUGGCCUCGCUUCUUGUAUCGACCUACGGGAUAGGUGGCUUGUAGCGGCACUCAUAAACUUUUACAUAAAUUUUGCUAUUAUGGGGGCUUGGAUUGUCUACAAGGAAUCAAGUUUGAUCAAGGCAGCUGUUUUAAUAUCAAUAGCAAUUAUUGUCGGAAGUGUUGUUACAUGUGGAUACAUCGCUUUGCAGUUCUUCAAGUUGUCACCUGAAGAAUCUUCAAAGGAUCCAUUAUAUUUUGUGUUAGUGAGACAUCAAAAAAGGGAUGCCUUGGAACACAUGAGGGGACCUUCUGUUGUAACUGCAAGAGUAAUCAUUUCUGCAUUAGGCUUUUUGAUGCUUGGAACUUUUAUUUAUACAUUUGUUGUUCAUGGAUCUCCAAUCCGUAUCUCACCGUGUAUGAUAGCAGUAGUGACUGACUUCUAUUUCCACGUUGUGGCUUUAUCGGUGUGGGUGGCAUAUAAGGAAUCAAGUUGGAUAAGUGCUUUCUUUUGGAUACUUUCACUUGUAUGUUGUGGGAGCAUUGCUACAUGUGUAUACAUAGUGAAGCAGUUGUUCUACCUCUCCCCUCAGCAGCCGGUUUCCCUUGUACUUGUCAACAACAGUAACAGAAACUUGCUCACAAGUGAUCCACUAUUGAUGGCCAAUACCAAUGCAUAAGUAGAUUAUUAGUAGAUUACUGCAAGAGUUUCCUUUCUUCUAAAUGUAUCUUUUAUGAUUUCACUAUUAUCGGACACUUUUACACUUUUGUUACUUCAGUUUGGACAAUUUUAUCCUUUGAAAAAUU